AUGGUUCCCACUUCGCUUUACAACAUCUCAUCAAUCUAUUUAUUCUCUAUCUCUUCCAACCAAUUGCAUGGAAUUUUACCACCAUAUUUAGGCUUGUACCUUCCAAAUUUACUAGCAUUUGGUGUCGGAUUAAAUCAAUUCUAUGGCCAAAUUCCAUCGCCAAUAGCCAAUGCUACGAGAGUUGUGCAAAUUGAUUUUGUCAGCAAUUCUUUUACUGGGCCCAUGCCUAUGAAUCUCGAAACCCUUUAUGCUUUAGGAGGUGUAGGUGCUUCUAACAAUUCACUUGGAACAAACCAAGCCAAUGAAUUAAUGAGCUUCCUCACUUCUUUAUCCAAUUGUUCCAAUCUACGAGUUCUGGAUUUGGCAAAGAAUCAUUUUAAAGGUUUUUUACCCCAUUCUAUUGCAAAUCUCUCCACCAAGAUCACUUGGUUUGGUCUAGAAGACAACUAUAUAUAUGGAAACAUACCUCUUGGUAUUGGGAACCUUGUAAAUUUGCAACACCUCUUUCUAGAUCAGAACUUGCUUACAAGUAGUAUUCCAAAUUCCAUUGGAAAACUCUCCUUGUUGGAAAAGCUCAUGCUUCACAACAAUAACAUUUCUGGAGAGAUUCCAUCGUCUCUUAGAAACCUGAGUAGGCUUGGUGCACUUGACCUAUCAACAAAUAUGAUUAAGGGAAGCAUUCCUAUUUCUUUAGGAAAUUGUACUAAUCUACAACAAAUUUAUCUUGAUUACAAUCAUCUCACAGGAGCAAUACCUUAUCAAAUCUUUGGUCUGUUUUCCCUCAUUUAUCUAUACUUGAGUCAAAAUUACUUAACAGGACUACUACCACAAGAAGUGGGUAACAUGAAAAAUCUGGGUGGACUAUUUGUAUCAAAAAGUAAACUACUUGGAGAAAUCCCUGCCACUCUCGGCAAUCAUGAAUUUUUAGAAUUCCUCUACAUCGAUGGUAACCUUUUCGAAGGUACAAUUUCGAUGGCCUUCAGACAAUUGAAAGUUCCGGAUGAAGGAGUUUUCACAAACAUUAGUGCCUUCUCAGUCGUUGGAAAUAGCAAGCUAUGUGGAGUAAUUAAACUAUUGCAAUUGCCCGCUUGCCCAAUGCAAGUCCUAAAUGAAAGGAAACAAUUUUUCAACCAUAGAGUAAUAGUUCUAAUAGUUACUCUCACUAUUGUUCUAUUAUCAUUGUGCAUUUUGGCUAUUAUUUACCAAAACAAAAGGUCAAGGCAGCAAGUCAAAUUAGACUCACCUUUGCAAAACCAAUAUUUACAACUAUCUUGUGGAGAAGUUUUUCAAGCAACAAAUGGGUUCUUUCCAUCCAACUUAAUUGGUGAGGGAGGAUAUGGUUCUGUUUAUAAAGGGAUUCUCAACUCUGAUGAAAAAUUAUUGCUGUGA